UGUUAUUGUUGACAGUUGAUGUUGAGAUUGAGAAAUAGCUACUUGAAAUUAGAAGAAGAAUAUUAUAAAGUUUAAGUUAUAAAAUGACUAUAAAGUUAAUAAGAAUUGAUGCCUCUAAUUCUACAAAAGUUCAGUUAGGGCACGGAGAACACAUUGUAGGAAGAGGAAAACUUCUAGAUUGCAACGAUAAACGUAUAUCGCGUGAACAUGGAGAAUUGUUAGUAGACGAUGAAACAAUUACUAUAAAAGCGUUGCAUCUAAAUCCUUGCUUUUUUAAACUAAAAGAUUCAAAAGCAAUAGAAAUUUUACAUCUAGGAUCUUCUAAAACACUACAUAAUGGAGAUCGAUUUGGACUCUUGCCUGAUGAUUUUUGGUAUGAAGUAAUUUAUUGCCCAGAUGGUGAGGAUUCGGGCAAGACUGAAUCAGAAAAAAAUACAGAAGAAUAUGCGCUGAUGGAAGCUGUCCCUAGCGAAAAUAACACAUUAAAUUUGAAUAAAGUUAAUAUUGAUGGUUCAGGUGGCUUUAACUGUGAUAAUAAAGACAGUUACAAUAACAGUAGAGCAGAGUCACCUUCCUUGAUAAGUACACAUAGUGAAAACACUAUCCAAAUAAAUCAACAUAUAACAGUACCAAAGGAUAAUGAGCCAGUUCAACCUGAAGUCAGUGGGUCUGGUUUGUCAAAUUCACAAAAUCAAUCAAAUGAACAAAAAGUAAAAAAUGAUGAUGAGUCCAAUAAUAAAAGUCCAUCAAUAAAACGAUCACACAGUCCAGACAGUGGUGAUGUGAAAAAGGUUAAAACAGAAAAUGUGACAGUGAAAGUAGAUCCUGAUGACGUAAAACCCGGACCUAGUGAUCUUGCGGCUGAUGCGAAUAUAAAUGAUGGUGCUGCAAAAGAUAAGCCAAAUCGACCGAGGGAAAGGUGUAUAUAUGGUGUGAAUUGUUACAGGCGGAACCCGCAGCACCUGUCGCAGUUCAGCCACCCGCGCGACGCCGACUGGGGCGCGGGCGAGCGCGGCGCGUGCCCCUACGGCGCCGCGUGCCGCAGGCCCGACCCGCGCCACUGGCGCUGCCACGACCACCCGCCGGGCACGCUGCCGCCGCCCCGGCCGGGUAUGCAAGUCGUGGAACGACGUGGCAAUGUAUUCUUCAUAAAUGCACAGACAGUUAAUUUUUACGAUGAUCAUUUUCAAGUGGAAGAUACCGAUGGUGAUAGCGUCGAUUACGAUUACGAAUUCUAAUUAAGUUGCGCUUGUAAUAUAUUAUAGUUAUCAUGUUCCGGAACAAUAAAUAUAUCAUUUUAUAAAUGAAUUUUUAUUAUUCAUGGGAAGAAAUUGUCUAACAGGUCAGAAGAAAAGACAAAAGAAAAACGUUCCCGAUGUGUUGCCAGUUCAAAAUAUAGUGAC